GCUAUCGCACUUCUCCGUCUGCUAGAAGCGUGAGGACUGUGUGGGGCGUAACGUGGAGCUGAGGAGUGAAAAAUGGAAAGAAAAAAUGAAAAGAGUGAAGCCAAAGGCAAAGGAGGAAACAAAACUUCUCAGUCUGAGAAACCAGAAGACUUUUUACAGGUAGAAAGAGUACUGAAUUUCAACUUACUUCCCAAGAAUGCAAAGAGAAGAGUUUAUGCCCUGAAGAGACUCCAACUCCAGAGUGCCAACAUUGAGGCCAAGUUUUAUGAAGAAGUUCACGAACUGGAGAGAAAGUACUCUGCGCUCUACCAGCCUAUCUUUAACAAGAGACGAGAGAUUGUGACGGGGAUCGUUGAACCCACAGAUGAGGAAUGCGAGUGGGAAAGUGACAAGGAGGAAGAUGAGCUUGCUGAGGAUUUGCAGAAGAAAGCUGCUCUGCAGGACAAGCAGGCAGAUUCAGCCAGUGCCGAUAAUCCGAAAGGCAUCCCGGAAUUCUGGCUAACCAUCUUUAAACAUGUGGAUAUGCUGGAUGAAAUGCUGCAGGAGCAUGAUGAGCCAAUCCUGAAACACUUGCAGGACAUCUCUGUGAAAUUUUCUGAGCCUGGACAGCCAAUGAGUUUCAUGUUAGAGUUCUACUUCGAGCCCAACAGCUACUUCAGCAACAAAAUCCUCACUAAAGUCUACAAGAUGAAAUCGGAGCCGGACGCAGCAGAUCCGUUCUCUUUCGAGGGACCGGAGAUCGUGGACUGUGAAGGGUGA